AUGCGAUACAAAUCACAAUGGAAGGAAUACAAUGCAAUUCUAACAGAAAUUGAUAUUGCAGUGCCAUCACUUAAAACAAAAGCUUUCUAUGGAAAAGACCUCAGCAUAGAAUUUGGAGAAUAUAAGGCGACACUAAAACAAAACAGUAUAUCAAGUCUGGCAGAGGAAACAGCAAAAUUGAAAUUAAGUUCAUCAUCAAAUGAACCAAAAUUAAUUGCCAAAUUUGACACUCAUAUUAAACCACUAUGGAGGGUGGCAUGUACAGGAACUGGUAUGGCUUGGCUUAGUUGUGAGGACCAAAUCAUACGACUUUUUGAUAGGCACACCUCCUCUACAAUAAAUUCUGUAAAUACUACAUGUACUUGUUCAGACUGUCCAUACGAUAUGGUAGCACUGGAUAAAAAUGAACUACUUUACAGCGAUGUGAACAAUGGAACUGUAAAUCAUGUCCAAAAUGGAAGAUCAAGAAUUCUGUUUACAGUGCCAGAUGGCUGGCAACCGAGAGGAAUGUGCACUACUAUAUCAGGAGACAUCCUUGUUUGUUUGCGACCGAGCGACUUUAGCCAACACAGAGUUGUGCGGUAUCAAUUGCAAGAAAAGAAAAUUUUACAAAUAAUAGAUAAAGAUGAAUUCGGGAAUUCCAUCUUUAGUGAAGGGAAAUAUGGAAUGUUUGUGGAGGAGAACAACAAUGGAGACAUUCUUGUUUCUGAUAUGCAGGCUAGGGUUCUAAUAGGACUGGAAUGGACUGGAAAGGUUCGAUUUCGGUAUAAAGGUGCAACAUUGAGCGAUAGAUUUAAUCCUAGGAAAAUAGUAACAGAUUCUAUUAAUCGCAUUUUAUUAACAGACCCAGGCUCAAGAAAGAUUCAUAUUUUGAAUAUCGAUGGACAUUUGCUAACUCAAGUACAAAUUAAAUGUGAUAUUCCAGUUGGAUUAAGUUUAGACAUGCAAGGAAAACUCUGGGUCGGAUUAUUUGAAUCGGGCAAAGUGUUGGUUUUCGAGUACUCGACAUAG